AUGUUUUCCGGCUUCAAGAUGGUCAAGGUGGUCAAGUAUGUUGAGGAUUUUGGUGAGGGCCGGCGCGGCCGCCGGUUCGGUGUCGCGCCGGUUCGGUGUCCGAUUACGUUAAUGGCCUUUGCUGAUGACAGCAGCGACCAGUGUGCCUCUGGCAGUGCGGACACGCCUGCUGAGGGCAAUGACAGCAAUUCCUCUUCUCUCAGUCAAGAUAGGGAGAAAGCGACUACCACACUGAGCCAAGCUCAGGCGCAGAUUGUCGCGCGCCAGGUCGACAUCCCCGUGCCAAAUGUAGGAUACACCACCCUGUUUCGCUAUGCAACGCGCAAUGACUGGCUAUUUAUGGGGCUGGGGACCGUCGCCGCCAUCGUCGCAGGCGCGAUGGAGCCUUUGAGUGUGCUGGUGUUUGGUAACCUCUCCAGCACGUUCGGUACCUUUCUCGACGACAGAACGGAACCUCCACGGCCCACCUGCGCAUUUGUCUUUUCAUACAUCGCCACCACCACCUUCAUCUACACCGGCGACCACAUCGCCACCCAAUUUCGCGUUCAGUUUCUGGCCUCGACCCUGCGGCAGAACAUCGCGCUCUUCGACACCCUGAGCGCGGGCGAGCUAACGUCGCGGAUCACCACCGACACCAAUCUGAUCCAGGAGCGGAUUUCCGAAAAGGUCGGGGUGACCCUGAUCGCCGCCUCCAGCUUUAUCGCCGCCUUCGUGAUCGGCUUCGUAAAGAGCUGGAAGCUCACCCUGAUUCUUUCCUCCACCGUGGUUGCAUUCGUGCUCACCCUCGGCAUCCUGAGCCGCUUCAUCGUCAAGUACCACGUCGAGGCCCUCGCGCGGUACUCGAAGGCCAGCACAGUCGUCGAAGAGUGCGUCGGGGGCAUUCGCACGAUCCUGGCCUUUGGAGCCCAGGACCGACUCACCCGCCAGUACGACGAGCAGCUGGCGCGCGCCGAGAGCUGGGGGUUCAAGGCCAAGGCCUCGACGAGCUUGUUCAACGCCUUCAUCAUGUGUUAUGUCUACCUGACCUAUUCGCUCGCUUUCUGGCAGGGGUCGCGCUAUCUGGUGCAGGGGCUGUUGGACUUCGGAUCGAUCCUGAUCGUCGUCAUGUCCAUCACGCUGGGCGCCUUUGCUAUCUGCAACAUCACCCCGAACCAUCAAGCCUUUAUGGCGGCAAUCGCCGCCGCCCAUAAGGUCUGCGCCUUGAUCGAUCGCGCCUCCCCUAUCGACCCCUUCGCGAACUCCGGCCACCCCGUGGACGACGUCGUCGGCGAGAUCAUCUUUGAAGGGGUAUCGCAUGUCUACCCCCAGCGACCGGAGAUCCCGGUCCUGCGGGAUUUCUCACUGCGCAUCCCUGCGGGGAAGACGACGGCGCUUGUUGGCGCCUCCGGCUCGGGGAAGAGUACAGUGAUCGGGCUGAUUGAGCGGUUCUUCGAGCCGGUGGCCGAAAGCAUUGCCCUGGACGGCCAGGACAUCCGCGGGCUGAAUCUCCGCGGGCUGCGUCGCCAGAUCUCCCUAGUCGGCCAGGAACCUGUGCUGUUCGCGACGACCAUCUUCGAGAACAUCCGCUACGGGCUGAUUGGCACCGAGUACGAGUCGGCCCCGCGGGCCCAGAUCCUCGGGCUGAUUGAGUCGGCGGCCACCCUGGCCAACGCUCACGGCUUCAUCACCGCCCUCCCGGAAGGGUACGAAACGCACGUCGGAGAACGUGGCUUUCUCCUCUCCGGCGGCCAGAAGCAGCGCAUUGCCAUCGCCCGCGCCAUGGUCAGCAAUCCACGAAUCCUGCUGCUGGACGAAGCGACCUCAGCACUAGACCCCGGUAGCGAGGGCAUUGUACAAGCUGCGCUGGACCAGUCCGCGGCCGGCCGCACCACCAUCAUUGUGGUCGUCUCUGAGGGCCGCGUCGUCGAGCAAGGGACCCACGCGGAGUUGAUGGGGCAGGUUGGCGCCUACGCUGCCCUGGUGGAGACUCAGGCAGGUGUUCGCGCCGGCGCCGGCGCCCAGGAAGAGGGGAAACAACCCCAGGGCCGACCGGACGACGAGGAGGCCGAAGAGGAGGAGGCCUGCCACCUCGCCGCCAAGGCCCAGGGCGAGAUCACUCCAAGUCUAACGUCUAACGUCAUCGCAGAGAAGCAGCAGGCUGGUAAGAAGGAGCUCGACCGGGAAUCUGGCCCGGGAACUACGGGACUUAGCACGGUCCCGACAACCGCUCCUGAAGUGGUCUCGGCGGGUGCGUGGGCAACGAUGCAGCUGAUCCUGCGCCUCAACCGGCGCGAAUGGCCGUGGAUGGUGGUGGGCCUGGGCGGGGUGCUGGUCACCGGCGGGGCGAAUCCGACUUCCUCGGUCUUUUUGGCGAAAUCCGUCGCCAACCUCGCGCUCCCGCUCAGCCAGAGCCACACAAUUCGGCAGGAGAUCAACUUCUGGUCGUGGAUGUAUUUCAUGUUGGCAAUUCUCGUGUGGCUGGGGUUCGUGGUGCAGGGGACGGCGUUCGCGUACUGCGCGGAGAAGCUGAUUCGCAAUGCGCGCCGCCAUGCCUUCCGGUGCAUCCUGCGGCAGGACGUCGCCUUCUUUGACGAGGAGGCGAACUCGUCCGGCGCGCUGACCUCCUUCCUGGCGACCGAGACCAGCAAUCUCAAGGGGAUGUCCGGCGCGACGCUAGGGACGAUCCUCUCCGGGAUCAUCACCCUGGUGGCCGCCUGCGCCGUCGCCCUGGCGAUCGGGUGGAAGCUCGCCCUCGUGUGCAUGGCGACCAUCCCCUUUCUCAUCGCCGGCGGCCUCGCGCGCCACUUACGAGAAAUCCGCAGCUUCGCAUGCGAGGCGACCGCCGCCAUCCGCACCGUCGCCUCGCUGACGCGCGAGGCCGCGGUCCUCGCCGAAUAUCGGCGCCAGCUGACGGCGCAGAGCCGCCGGGCGCUUCGCUCCACUCUGCGGUCCUCCAUUCUCUUCGCGCUCUCGCAGGCCUUCAUUAUUGCUUCUAUGGCGCUAGGGUUCUGGUACGGAGGCACGCUGAUCGCUGCCGGCGAGUACGACCUCUUCCGCUUCCUGCUCUGCUUCGGCUCCGUCAUCUUCGGUGCCCAGACCACCGGCUACGUCUUCACCUUCGCCGACGACAUUGGCAAGGCCCAGCACGCGGCUGGCUCCUUGCGCACACUGUUCCGUCGCGUGCCCGCGGUCGACACGUGGAGCACCGACGGCCGGACGGGGCCUGAGGGUGCGGCCACAACGUCGAUGGGAGCGCUGGAAUUCCGCGGCGUGCGCUUCACCUACUCGACCCGCCGCGAGCACGGCCCCGUGAUGAAGGCGCUGGACCUGACGGUGGCAGCGGGGCAGACGGUCGCCUUGGUCGGAGCCAGCGGAUGCGGCAAGUCGACGGUGUUGGCGCUAUUGGAGCGGUUUUAUGAGCCGGACGGUGGUGCAAUUUACCUGGACGGCACGGACAUCACCACGAUCAAUGUGAAUCGGUAUCGGUCGCGGAUCGCCUUGGUCAGCCAGGAGCCCACCCUGUUCGAGGGGACGAUACGCGACAACAUUCUGCUCGGAGUGGAGGGGCCGGAAGAGGUUGAGGAGAAGGUCCUCGUGCAAGCCUGUCGCGACGCUAACAUCUACAACUUCAUCACCAGCCUACCCGACGGGUUCGAGACCGUGGUCGGCGCCAAGGGAGGCAACUUCUCCGGCGGGCAGAAGCAGCGCCUGGCCAUCGCACGCGCCCUUGUCCGCAACCCAACUAUCCUGCUGCUCGAUGAGGCGACCUCUGCUUUGAACACGGCCUCGGAGCAGAUCGUCCAGCGCGCCCUUGACCAGGCCGCCACCGGCCGCACCACUGUCGUUGUUGCCCACCGCCUCAGUACCGUCCGCAACGCCGAUUGCAUCUUCGUCCUGGAUGCCGGCGAGGUCGUCGAAGCCGGCAGCCACGCCGAGCUGCUGGCCCGCGGCGGCAGGUACGCUGAGCUGGUGCGUCUGCAGGCGUUGGCCACGGAUGCCUCCUGAAUUCUAGCGAAUUCCUCCCG